AUGAUGGAACACGCUGGACUGGGAAAGAGCUACUGGGGUGAAGCAGUGAUGACGGCGAUGUUUCUUCGAAACCGCUGUCCAACACGUGCCAUUCACCAAGACAAGUCUCCAUAUCAAGUGUGGACGAUGAAGAAACCGAUUCUGGCCAACCUUAAAGUGUUUGGAUGCCACGCGUAUGUUCAAGUGCCUCAAGACAAACGCGCGAAGUUCGACUCCAAGUCAUCACUCUGUCGUUUCCUGGGAUACGCCGAACACCAGAAGUCAUAUCGAUUUGAGGAAGUGUCAACAGGAGCGAUCAAGAUCAGUCGCGAUGCCACAUUCAUGGAAGACAAGUUUGAUGAAGGUCCGCGCAACUACAACGAUGAGUCAAGUGUCGUUGAGUUUGAUGAUCAUGAUGAGGACGAAGAAAAAGAAGAAGGUAAAACUGACGACGACAUGGACUCGAGCGACGAUGACAACGAAGACACCAGGUCUUCGAAGAGCAACAUCAAGAGACACACGCGCACUCAAUCACUUGAGAAAGCUACCGUCAUUCCAAGUCCCAAGCGAAGAACGUACAGAGGUCCGUCGCUUGAGCAUGUGUCAGCGGCUGCAAUGGAUUUUGAAGCAGCCUACAUCGUUGAUUCAGUGGGGGAAACGCCGACUACAUUCAAGUCGGCGAUGGAAUCAAGCGACUCCGGCAAGUGGAAAGAAGCGUGUGACUCGGAGUUCGACUCGCUUCAGAGAAACGACACGUGGGAAAUCGUGCCUCUUCCGAAAGGUCGCAAGGCCAUCGGGUGCCGAUGGGUUUUUCGUGUAAAGGAGAAUCAAGAUGGCGAAGUUGAAAUUUUCAAGGCAAGACUUGUGGCCAAACGAUUCUCACAGAAAUUCGGAGUUGACUAUGAAGAAACUUUCGCACCGGUGGCCAAGUUCACAUCGAUUCGUGUGGUGCUCAGUAUGGCGGCCAAGUACGGCCUAAUGCUACAUCAGAUGGACGUCAAGACAGCGUUUCUUAACGGCUCCCUCAACGAAGACAUCUACAUGGACCAGCCGGACGGAUACCUGGAUGCAACACAGCCGGACUAUGUGUGCAAGCUAAAGAGAUCACUCUACGGCUUGAAGCAAUCGCCUCGCAUGUGGAACCAAACAAUCGAUGGGUUCAUGAUCAAGAUGGGAUUCAAGAAGUGCGAAUCGGACCACUGCAUCUACAUCAAGCGAGACGACCAAGACAUGAUUCUCGUGGUGCUCUACGUCGAUGAUCUCAUCCUGGCCAGCAGCAACAACGAACUCCUCAAGUCGACCAAGAUGGCGCUGAGCAAACGCUUCGAAAUGACGGAUCUCGGUGAGCUCGAUUACUUCUCGGCAUGGAGAUCAAGAACGACCGUAAGACGGGAAUGGUGA